GACACCAGAGACUCGCUCACCACCAGUGCACUCGCCUCUCCAGCGUGCCUCGAGACGCGACCAGCCGACUGAAACAGGAGGACACCCGACCGAGAAUCAGACAAGCAGACCGACAGACGCACACACAGACAGAUAGACAGACACCGUGCAAGAUGGCAACACGUGGCUUGGGAUCCUUGAUGAAGGGCGCAGGGCGCUCGCCGGCAGUGACAGAGCAGCAGUUGCUGACCAAGGCGGAGAUUACCCCAUCCGACGUCAUCAACCUCAAGGCCCCGACCACCCAGUACUUGUGCAAGACGACCGACAACAAGUUUGGCAUUGAGUUUACCGCCUUUAAGCUCCGUGACCUCGAUCGCGGCCUCAUUUUGUUUGAAAUUGCCAAGCCAGAUGAUGCGCCCUACGAACCCCCAUCAGAGGAUGACGAUGACAGUGGCCGCUUUGUCGACUACCGUUUCACGCCCGACUUUUUGCGUUUGCGAACCGUGGGUGCGACCGUGACCUUUCGCGUGGGCGACGAACCCGUGCCCAACUUUCGCAUGAUCGAGCGUCAUUUUUUCCGCAACAAGCUACUCAAGAGCUUUGACUUUGACUUUGGCUUUUGCAUCCCCGCCUCAAACAACACUUGCGAGCACAUUUAUCAGUUUCCUACUCUGACAGAGGCCGAGAUCGAGGACAUGAUUGCGUCGCCCGGUGAAACCAAAUCGGACAGCUUUUACUUUGUUGAUGGCAAACUCGUCAUGCACAACCGCGCCGUCUACUCUUACGACGCUUAACCACCCGUUCUGACCGAUUGUUCCUCUUGUCUGCCGCCUGAUGAUGCUGCUCCUACCCUGUCCAAUUCACAUGUCAAUGCUC